AUGGAUUUGUUUAUCCGAAAAGAACUGACUUUGUCUACCAGCACCGUGCUUGAAGAUGUGGAGCCGCAUUGCUUCAAGCUACUCACCUGGCUGCACGCUUGCAAGGAGGAGAUGCACUCCGAGCACCGUCAUCUGCGAUUGAACCAAUCCGUUGUGGAAUCCCUGCUAAAGGCUCACCUGUACCUGUUCGAGUGUUAUGAUCGCUUCGGGGAAUCGCUCGCCGAGCGCUGCGAUUCCCGGGGCUUCUUCGCUGGCUGCGCCACAUUGGAGGACCGGCGGAAGUGCAUUCGUGAGCUGUGCACCACCAUUGUGAACACUCGAAAAGGAGAAGCUCAUGCGCCAAUGCUAUACCUCUCGCAUCGGACGUUCGCUGAGAUUCAGCCUGCGUGGAGUGGGAUCAGUGAUCUGGAAUGGUCGGAAAUACGCGAAUCGGAUGCGCUCUCUUCCAGCGAUUUUAUCAAUCCCGAUGUUCAACAGAUGCGGCGGCUAGUCAAGCGGAUUGGCCGCUUGUCCAGCGUUGAGGACAUGCAGACCGCACUAAAGCGCUCUAUGGAGCUGAUUGGAUACCAGGUGUGGCUGCAGCUUUUUAGAGAGUCAAAGGACAGUGACAUCCACAACGACUGCAAACUUAUGCGCAACAUGAUCUGCGACACUCUGACAGAGGGUGGAUCUACGGCUUGCACCGGCUUCCUGCACAAUAUCUUUCUCUUCGUAUCGCAACCCGCCAAUGAAAUGAGAUUCUGGGCCAGUAUGGAGCAUGCACGUCUGGCUGGCAGCUUGAUCGCCUACCUAAUCGACCAUUGGAAUCGCCACCUACCCUACUUGGACAUGGAUGAGAUGCAAUUGACCUCCGAUGCUCCCAUCACUGCUGUCGCAGAGCUGCCCGUGAACGAGGCCACAUAUAUAACCCACCUGAUGCUUGCCACCGGUUCCAUAUGUCGACGGCACUUUGCCCAGCAGCUGCGCGCCCAGCUGCCCGCCAAUUUGUGGACGCAUUUGCUGGAGCUGCUAAAUAAAGUGGCAUUCGUUUUCAGUUAA